AUGGUGCUACACUUCUAUGGAGGAGCUGCAUUGCCUAAAUCCAUCACUCACACCAAUCUAGUGUUGCUACCCAAGAAACCUAGAGUUGAGACCUUCUCUGACUUAAAACCUAUUAGUUUAAGCAACUUCAUUAACAAGGUCUUGUCUAGGGUGUUACAUGACAUAUUGGAGAGUUUUCUGCCAUCUCUAAUAUCCCCUAAUCAAUCCGGAUUUGUAAAGGGUAGGAGUAUAUUUGAGAACAUUUUAUUGACUCAGGAAAUUGUCACUGACAUAAGGUUAAGGGGAAAGCCAGCUAAUGUGGUGAUCAAGCUUGAUAUGGCUAAGGCCUAUGAUAGGUCCUCAGGGUUCUUUAAGUAUAUAAGGGAUGUGAAACAAGGGGAUCCCCUAUCUCCAGCAUUGUUCAUUCUGUCAGCUGAGGUACUUUCCAGGUCUUUGAAUAAGCUCUUUGAAGACAAGUCAUUUGUGGGAUUUGGAAUACAUAAGUGGUCUGAUCCUUUAAACCACUUGGCAUAUGCUGAUGAUACGAUAAUCUUUGCAUCUGCUCAUCCUCCCUCCUUGAGAAAGAUUAUGGCAGCGUUGGGGAACUAUGAGAAGAUAUCAGGUCAGAUGAUCAACAAAGAUAAGAGUUCAUACUACAUGCAUUCAAAGGUUGCUAAUGGAUUGUUUCAGGCAAUUGAAGCUAUUAUAGGAUUUGCAAGAGGUAAAUUCCCCUUCACAUAUAUAGGGUGUCCUAUUUUUUACACUAGAAAGAGGAAGGACUCUUAUGAGGAUCUUAUCAAGAAGGUGAAGGCUAAAUUGCAUUCAUGGAAAGGAAAGCUGCUGUCAUUUGGAGGAAAGGCAACACUCAUCUCUAGUAUGUUGCAAAAUAUGCCAGCUCACAUGUUAUCAGUCCUUGAUCCACCAAACAACAUCCUGGAGCAUCUAUAUAAGACUUUUGCUAGGUUCUUUUGGAGCACAAAGGAAGAAGGGAGAAGCAGACACUGGGCUUCAUGGCAAAAUCUUUGCCUUCCUAAAGAGGAAUGGGGCCUAGGUUUUAGGUCCUUGCAUGAUGUCUCAAGGGCAUUGUUUGCUAAACUAUGGUGGAGGUUUAGGACCACGAAAUCUUUGUGGUCUAGUUUCAUGUGGAAUAAGUAUUGCAAGAAGGAGCUACCAACAAUGGUGCAUUUUAGGGGAGGGUCUCAUGUUUGGAGACAAAUAGUGAAUGCUAGGGAAGAAGUAGAACAUGAGAUCAAGGUGGCAGAACUGCGGCAAGGGGAAGCAUGGGAUGAUCAACUGCUAGAUCAAGCUUUCAAUGAGGAAAUUGCAGAACAUAUAAGGCUAAAUGUGCAUUAUGAAGGCAGUGAGAGAUAUUGGGAUAGGCCAUACUGGAUGCCAACUCCUUCAGGCAAGUUCAGUGUUAGCAGUGCUUGGCAAAUAUUAAGACAUAGGGCUGAUCCUAAACAUGAAUUCAAGUUAAUGUGGAUUAAAGGUUUGCCAUUUAAGAUAUCCUUAUUUUUGUGGAGAUUGUGGAGGCAGAAAAUAGUCACUGAUGACAUGUGGAAGAGGCAAGGGAAAAUGGUGAUGUCUAGGUGUUGGUGUUGUCAGCAGUCCCAAGAGGAAUCCAUUGAGCAUAUGUUUGUCACAAGUCCUACUGCCUCUAAGCCACUAUUUCAAGCAGUACCAACUAUCAUCACUUGGGAGCUUUGGAAGAGAAGAAAUGCAGGUAAACAUGGGGGGUUAGUGUCCACAAAUAGGGUGAUUCAUGAGACAAAUAGGACAUUGCAUCAACUGGCAAGGGUGAGGGCAGUGGACCUGAGAGUGACAACUAAUGUGGUAGCUGAAGCUAAGGCUAUUCUUCAAGGGUUGGAAUACUGUGUGGAGCAUGAUCUUCACCCUUUCAUAUUGGAGGCUGAUUCAUUGGUGAUAGAAUGGGAAUGGGAUCCUCCUUGGCUCAAGCCUGGCCUUUGCCUUGCAAAACCUGUUAAAGCCAACCCAAGCCUGGCUUUUACCUUGCAAAGCUUGCUUAAAGCUAACUCAUUUCUGGCUAUUGCUGUGCAAAGCCGGCCUAAAGCCAGCUCAUGCCUGUUCACUGCAUAUGGAGAUCAUAUAGUAGCUACAAUUGGAAGACUAUGCUGGCUUCAACUCUGUGGUGGAGAUGUUUGGAAUUCAUUUUAG